AUGAUUUAGUAAUGUAAUUUAAAGAUAAAAUGUUAAAAAGAUGAUCAUUAAGAUGAGAUAGACACGGUUUGUUACAAUUAAUUUUGUUAAGAAUUCAGAUUAAAUUGCUUUAAAUGUAUGAAGAAGGGAAGAAUCCAUAAUGAUCAUUUUGAUGAUGUUGAAAAAAUCAACAGCUUGAUUCAAUUUAUUGAUUAGAAAAAUUAAGAAUGUGAUAAAUUAAUUGAUGAUCUUAAUAAAUUAAUAGAAAUUAUGAAUCAAUCAUUUUCUUAAUUAAAAAGAGGAAUCAUAUAAAAAUAUUAAUUAUAUAAGCAAAGAUUAAUAUUAUUGAAUUCUUAAUAAAUAAAUGAUUACUUGAAUUCAACAAUCUAAUUUAAAGAAUAUUAAUAAUCAAUUACAAAAAUCAUAUCAGAAUAGACUAAUAAAUUAAAUCAUUCUUUUAAUAAUUUAUAUCAAUAAUUAAACUUAUCUUAAUUUAAUUAUUAUUAGAUUGAUAAUAAUUCUAUAUAAUUAUCUAAACAAUUAUAUGAUAAAGGUAUUCAUCUUAUUAUAAUUAUUAGGUUAUAAAUUAUAUUGGGAAGAUAAAUAUCUUGAAGCCAUAGAAGUACUAAAUCAAUCUAUAUAAUAAGAUCCCAAUAAUCAUCAAUCAUUAUGGUGUAAAGGUUAAAUAAUAAAUAAUUAAUAGGUGAUUCCUUAAGAGGAUUGAACAAAUAUGAGGAUGCAAUCACUUGGUAUGACAAAGCAUUAAUUAUUGAUACGAAGCAUGUUGAUUCUUUAUGUGGAAAAGGUAAAUUGCAUCAUAAUUUAAUUAAUAGGUAUAUGCUUAAGAUAAUUGAAAAAAUAUGAUGAAUCUUUAAAAAUAUUAGAUUUAGCACUUACCAUUAAUCCACAACAUAACUUUUCUCUUCAAUCUAAAGGUAUAUUAUAAUUUUAAUUUGUAGGUGCAUGGUUAGAAGAUCAAUAAAAUUAUAAAGAAGCUUUAAUUUAUUACGAGAAAUCAUUAAAGAUAAAUCCAAAUGAUCAAUGGACAAUAAACUAAAAGAGUAUUUUUGACAUAUUAUAUUAGAAAUUUGUGAGAAUAAAUUGAAGCAAUGA